AUGGGUGAACAAACCUCCGAGCUGUCUACCAUGUCCUCCCUCUGCACGAGUUACUUCUCUCAACUUUACAGUGGUGAGCAAGCCAUCUCUCGUAAUACCUCCUUCUGGGAUCAUGUUUUUCCAUCUUCCAUUCCAGCGAGUUGCUCGCUCCGGCUGGGUAACCCCUUCUCUCUAGCAGAAAUAGAGCAUGCCCUCAACCGGUUGGCCAAAGGAAAGACGCCUGGUCUGGACGGUCUUCCUGGGGAUGUUUUUCGAUCCCACCGGAAAACCUUCACGCCUCUUUUUCAUAAGCUCUGUGUGGGAAUCUCACAAGCUGGGCUCGCCCCGACCUCCAUGCUCUCCGGCCGAACCGUGCUAAUCCCCAAAAAAGGUGGCACGGAUCAGGUGGAAAAUUUGCGGCCAAUCACACUGAUGAAUGCGGACUACAAAGUCAUCGCCCAUGUCCUCGCCUCCCGUCUACAAAUAGUGCUCCCUCGAAUCAUUAACCCCGCUCAAUCUGCUUUCAUUAAAGGUAGGAGGAUUGGUGAUACCAUAAACGAUACCCUGGACUUGAUGGACUGGGCGCUCUCUCAACAGGAGUCCCUUCUUGUCUUAACCGUGGAUAUUAGGAAGGCGUAUGACAUGGUCGACAGAGAUUUCCUGUACGCAUGUCUUCAGCAUCUCGGGCUUCCGGAGGGAUUCAUCAGAUGGGUCCGUAUCUUGCACUCUGACACCACUACACGUGUAUCGGUCAACAACCUUGACGGACCUGUUUUCCCGGUACGCACAGGGGUUCGGCAGGGCUGUCCUUUGGCCCCACUGCUCUUUGUCUGCGUCAUCGAAGUCAUGCAACGAUACUUAAGUGUGUCCCUCCCUGGUUUUGCCUUUUGCAAUGCACAGAAACGUCUUAUGGGAUGCUAUGCCGAUGACGUUUCGAUUUUUCUCAACUCAGAUGAGGAACUGUCAUCGGCCAUCACUGCACUUCACACCUUUGCUUCUGUCUCCGCGACUCUCCUCCCCCUCUCCCUCGUCUCCAAUUCCCAUGCUCGAAGCAUCCCACAACCUGAUAUUUAUUCAGUUCCAGCGAACGUUGUCCCGAAGCUUCGCGCGGUACCGAACCUCCCUGGCAUAGACGCUGAAAUAAGUAAUCCUACCGGCUGGAGAGCCGAAGACGAUACUUUUGACGAGCCGACAGAAGCCGACGCGGGAUUCGAGUCCACGAAACCUCCUGCGAUUAACGACAAGCCGUUAAUCGGCAUUCUCUCGCAGCCGGGAGACGGCGAUGGCGGGAAGGCGCCACGUGUCAACUCGAACCACGCGGCUGACACGCCGUACGAUGAGGGACCGUACGGCGGGCCGGAAGUCGGGCGGCACAGGGCAGUUGACACGAACGUGUCGUACAUCGCGGCGUCGUACGCCAAGUGGGUGGAGAGUGCGGGCGCGCGACCCGUUCCGCUGCUGUACGACGAACCCGUGGAGAUCCUUCGCCAGAAAUUCGAUAUGAUCAACGGUCUUCUGAUUCCCGGAGGCGGGACCGACCUGGUGCCGGGGCCCUUUAUGUCUACAGUGCAAAUGCUCCUAAAGUGGGCCAAGGAGGCGAACGAUCGGAACGACUACUUCCCCGUGCAAGCCACGUGCAUGGGGUUCGAAGCCAUGGCGAUUGUCAUAAGCGAGGACCCGAACCUCCUGGAACUGAGGCGGUUCAGUGCCUUGGAUCUGGCCUCUCCGCUCAAAUUCGUCGGCAACUGGGUGCACCGCAGGAGCUACUUCUCCUGGAUGUCUCCGGAUUUGGCUGAAAAGGUUCAAGAGCUCCCUCUCACCAUGGAAAACCAUCAGGACGGCACCACGGUGCAUCGUUUCCUCUCUAACAGCAAGCUGAGGGAUUUCUUCUUCGUCCUCACCACCUCGUUCGAUAAGAACGGACUGGAGUAUGUGACAACAGUGCAGGGGAAACGCUACCCCUUCUAUGGCACACAGUGGCAUCCUGAGAAGAACGCGUACGAGUGGGGCUUGGAUCACAUACCCCACGGAGCACACGCCAUUGCUGUGGGUCAGGCAGCGGCCAACUUCUUUGUCAAUGAGGUGCGUCGCAACACCCACCGUCCAGCCUCGGAUGAGGGUAUGAACGACAUGCUUCUGUACAACCACGCUCCCGUCUUUGCUGGCAAGAAUGG